CAACCCGGUAUUAAAUUAAAAAAAGAAACAUGAAAACCGGGUGAACCGGAUCGACCUUCCAUUUUUUCGGUAGACCAGUUUUAUUUAUUCUGCAAAUAAUAAUCGUCUUCAAUCAGAGAAAAAGUUUGCAGUGAGAAGGAGAUUGAUUAAUCGAUCUGAGAAAGAUGGGAGAUUCGGAGUCAUUUGUUGGGAAAAAUUGGAAUGGAUUGAAGGAUUUCUGGAGUGAUAGGUUAUCAUUUUUCGAAAAUUACACCAGAUUCACCAAACGCGACGCGCCUCUUCCUUCUUGGUCUUCCUCCGACGUCGAGGAAUUCAUUGCCUCCGAUCCCGUUCAUGGACCCACCCUGAAAACGGCUAGGGAAGCUGUGACGUUUGGUGUUACCGGAGCUGCACUUGGAGCUGUCUCUACUGCUGCUUUUGCCUGGAAAUACUCCAGGAGUCCACAUGGUGCUGCAUUGUCCUUCUUAGGAGGAGGUGUUUUUGGUUGGACCUUUGGGCAAGAGGUCGCCAACCACACACUGCAACUCUACAAGUUGGACACAAUGGCAGCCCAAGUUAAGUUCAUGGAAUGGUGGGAACGUAAGUCUCAAUAAAGGUCCUGAAUCUAAAACGAAGACGUGUGCUGCUUUCUCGUCCAGAGUAUCUUCUUGGGAACAACAUGAAAUGCUGAUUAUCCAUCCAUUUCCAGACUUUCGCCUUUGAAACUUUUUCUAUUCUCACUCUUGGAACAUGUUUGCCUUGUCUUAAUAAUACAACAUGCCUCAUGAAUGUUUUGAAGAUUUGAGAAAAUGAAUUCAAAGAAACCAAAUGGUCUCAAAAGAAUCAGGGAAUGACGACUACCCCAACUGAGCACAUAUCGAAACCUUUCCUUUGAUGAUUCAUAUUAGUAACUUUUCUUCA